AUGUUGAAAGGAACUGUCAUUUGGGCCUGCGUGCUCACAAUUCUCAGUUUUACAGCUGCUUCAUCAAAGUUUAACGCUUGGGACCUCACCAGCGACUCUCAGUUCGUAUUGAAAUCGCUCGCAGAAAUUCGUCAGCAAGCCCACCUAUACAAGCCUUUAAGGAUUCAUAUUCAGAUGAUCGAAGAAUCCUUCAACAAUGACGAAACCAAUAAAAAUUUGCAGUCAGCCUUAGCCACUUCAGCUAAAUUAAUGUCUGAUUUACUAUACUUUUAUUAAAAAAUAUAAGCUAAUACAAGACAAUAAGUAUCUAGAUUUAUAUAAAAAUCAAAAUUUCUUUAAAAAACCUAUAAAAAUUUUUGAUUAAAAAAAAUACUCAUUAAGCCUACAACAGGCAAGCUAAGGCUUAGCGAGAAUAAUCAAUGCACAGAUAUCCUGUUAAGCCAGGUGAUUCAAAGCAAAGAUUUAUCCGCGGAUAUCACUAUAUUCGCUGCUAAUAAUGAAGAAAAGGGAGAAAUUGCAUCCUCAAAGAAGUGUGAAGUGUACGAAAAUAAGACUAUUAGGUCUUUAGCUCUGGAAAUUAAUGCUGAAAAAUUUAUGAAGCUAGAUGAACUUUCACAGGCCAAAGAACUUUGUAUUGCAAUCUCUAAAGCCUUAUAUGAAGAUAAGGAAGUGGAAAGACAAAUGCUGAUCAGCGAGAUAGGGAGAGUUUUCGCCAAAGAGAGAGAAAUAAAAAUAGCACCAAUUCUCGGAGUUUGUCAGGCUGGUCAAGGCUUAAACUUUAAAUUAGUUAAAGAGAAGCCCCCUAUAGCCCUCAGGAUACUAACGUCUCCGUAUGAUGCUUCGCCGCUUCUUACCAGCUGGGUCACUAUGCCCUAAGCAACGGGUUCGCCUUCCAGAAAAUUCGAAAGGAACUUCUCUGGCAGGGCUGCUGACAAAUGAACCUGAAGCCCAGGGCACAACGCCUGGUAUCUCGUAAAAGAUUUGCCCGAUUUGUCAAAUGACACUUUUAACCUUGCUAGGCUUCCCCUUUCUAACUCCAGUGUGCAAUCUCCUCAGAAUGUAAAAUUUGAUCUUUAUUUAAGUAUGCGGUCGGCUAAUUCCAGCAUUGCACCCCAACCAGUUAAGCUCUAGCAUAUACAUUCUUCUGGAUGAUGUCUCCCUCUCACAAGAUUCCCGGCUUUCCAAAUGAACCUAUCUGGAACAGGUGUAAAGGGGGCGAAUUGUCUCAGCACGCCAUUUUAAUGUAUUUCUGGUCAAAACUAUUGUUUAAUUUGCGCUGAUAAAGAGAAUUGCCAAACUUGUGAUGACGGCUAUUUUGUAAAUUGGAAUGGAUAUUGCUCUGCUUGUAAUACGAACUGCGCGACGUGUCAAACAAGUGCUGAAAAUUGUUUGACAUGUUCUGAUUCCACUCAUAUGUCAGCUGCUCCAGCCUGUGCUUGCCCAGCUAACGCAGUUCUCUCAGGAACUACUUGUACUAGCAACGCCGGCUAUUACUUCAGCACUAACACUAUUUGUUCUGCUUGCAAUACUAACUGUGCUACUUGUACCACAAGCGCUACUAACUGUGCAACUUGCUCAGAUCCCACUCAUAUGUCAGCUGCUCCAACCUGUGCUUGCCCAGCUAACGGAGCUCUCUCAGGAACAACUUGCUCUUGCAACACCGGAUAUUAUUUUUGCGCAAACACUUUCUGUUGUGCUUGUAAUACGAACUGUGCGACGUGCCAAGUAAGUGAUGGAAACUGUUUGACAUGUUCUGAUCCCACUCAUAUGUCAGCUGCUCCACAAUGUUCCUGCCCAACUAACGGAGCUCUCUUAGGAACAACUUGCACUUGCAACGCCGGCUAUUACUUCAGCGCAAACACUGUCUGUUCUGCUUGCAAUAUGAACUGCGCGACGUGUCAAACAAGUGCUGGAAACUGUUUGGUAUGUUCUGAUCCCACUCACAUGUCAGCUGCUCCAAUCUGUGCUUGCCCAUCUAACGGAGCUCUCUCAGGAACUACUUGUACUUGUAACGCCGGAUUUUAUUUUAUCAGAAACACUAUCUGUUCUGCUUGUAGUAUGAACUGCGCUACUUGUAUCACAAGCGCUGAGAACUGUGUAACUUGCGCUAAUACAACUCAUAUGUCAGUUGCUCCAGCCUGUGCUUGCCCAACUAACGGAGCUCUCUCAGGAAAUACUUGCACUUGCAACGCCGGCUAUUACUUCAGCUCAAACACUGUCUGUUCUGCUUGUAAUACGAAUUGUGCGAUGUGCGAAGUAAGUGAUGGAAACUGUUUGAGAUGUUCUGAUCCCACUCAUAUGUCAGCUGCUCCAGCCUGUGCUUGCCCAACUAACGGAGCUCUCUCAGUAACAACUUGUACUUGCAACACCGGCUAUUAUUUUAGCGCAAACACUGUCUGUUCUGCUUGCAAUACGAACUGCGCUACUUGCACCUCAAGCGCUGACAACUGUGUAACUUGCGCUGAUACAACUCAUAUGUCAGCUGCUCCAGCCUGUGCUUGCCCAACUAACGGAGCUCUCUCAGGAAAUACUUGCACUUGCAACGCCGGCUAUUACUUCAGCUCAAACACUGUCUGUUCUGCUUGUAAUACGAAUUGUGCGAUGUGCAAAGUAAGUGAUGGAAACUGUUUGACAUGUUCUGAUCCCACUCACAUGUCAGCUGCUCCAGCCUGUGCUUGCCCAACUAACGGAGCUCUCUCAGGAACAACUUGUACUUGCAACACCGGCUAUUACUUCAGCUCAAACACUGUCUGUUCUGCUUGUGAUUCUAAUUGCGCUGCAUGUAGUGGAACUGCCAAUAUCUGUUUAACUUGCGUUGAUACAACUCAUAUGUCAGCUGCUCCAACAUGUGCUUGCCCAGCUAACGGAGCGCUCUCAGGAACUUCCUGUACUUGCAACGCCGGAUAUUACUUCAACUCAAAUACUGUCUGUUCUGCUUGUAAUAAUAGCUGCGCUACUUGUACCAUAAGCGCUAGCAACUGUAUAACUUGUGUGGAUCCCACUCAUAUGUCAGCUGCUCCAGCUUGUGCUUGCCCAGCAAACGCCUCCCUCUCAGGAUCAACUUGCAUUUGCAACGCCGGCUAUUACUUCAGCUCAAACACUGUCUGUUCUGCUUGUAAAGACUCUACGUAUAUGUAUUUAGAUACUGUUACAGGGACAUGCAAAUGCUUGGAUCCUCAUGCUUCUUUUGAUCAGACUUCUAAAAUUUGUCAGUGUAUUCAAGGCUAUUAUAUGUCAAGUUCAGGAACAUGUCAGCCUUGCAUCCCACCUUGUGCUCAAUGCUCUAGUUCAGCGACCUUUUGCACAGUGUGCGAUGAUUUUGCGAAUAUGAACUUAAAUGUGACCAGAGGCACUUGCUCAUGCAAAGAUCUCAAUUUUCAGUUUAAUCCAUGAUUGAAAACUUGCCAAUCUAAUCCUGAUUGCAAUUGCAAUCAAUGCGGCACCACAAUAAAUAUCAUCAAUUUCAACUUUUAA